AUGGACCCUCUUCCCAAUAUCGCCUCUCCUCGUCAUGCCACCGACCCCAACGAGAGCCCGUCUUCUACUAUGAUGCAGGAACAACCUGCAAAAGAAAUUCCCGACCAGCAGCCAUUCGAAGACAUACAAGAAACUUUGGCUGAUCUCGAGAUCAGUGACCCCAAACUAGCCUUUCAAGCGGCUCGACUCGUCGGUCUAUACCGACGCUUGUGGGAAUCCUGUGUUUCUAAGCAAAUGCGGGAGGUCCAGCUUGUGCGGGAGAACCAUAGUUUGCGUGAGGCUAUAGAUCAUACUCAGACAGAGAAGCACGAUCUCAGCAUACGUGCGGAAGAGCUGAAGAUCAAGUUGGAGGCUUUCGAUCGUGCGUUCGAGUCCUCGCGACAGCAAAUCAUGGGCAUCAUGGAUAUAUGGCGUCAAUGUGAGUGCGGAGAUCUGGACGAUGUGAUAAUGGAGGCGGAAUAA